GGAGCGGAGAAUCGAGACUAUGCGUUCUUGCGCAGAAAUAUCUCUCUUCGGGAUUCGAACGAAUUUCACCUUGAAAAAUGAAUUUUCAAAAGUCGCGAAGCGCGUGUUUUGUUGUGUCGAAAACAAUCGGAUUCUGAGUAACUUUUAAAACGUCAGUUAUCAUUAGUGUACGCAUUGUAGGUUAAGUAUAUGGCGCACAGUACAAGUUAUACGAACUUACCAUUAAAAACACACGUGUGCGGGGUGCCGCGAAAUACGCUUGGUAUAAAGACUGAAAAAAGUGCGAAUGACAACUAAUUAAUUUUCGUUUAAUCAAACAUGCAAAAAAUAUAUCGAUCAGUAAAUCUUACUAAAAUUUCCUUCGGUUUAUCUCAGUGAUUUUUUAUUUUUUUCAUUCUUAAAUGGAUCCAAUCAUCUAGUAUGCCAAAAAUUCGAAUAUUUUAGUGCCUGUUCGAUUUAAACCCAAGAAAUAUGACCUCGACGUGGGAAGAAUUUUAUGCAAAAACUCCGAAACCAGCGGAUCUCGAAGAGAACAAAGUGCUCCUGAAAAACUUUAUCGACCGAUUCUCGAAUACAAAUAAAAAAGUUGUUGUAAUUACUAGCGGAGGAACGACGGUUCCCAUCGAGCACAACACGGUACGAUUUGUCGAUAAUUUUAGCGCAGGAAAUCGUGGUGCCAUUUCUGCAGAAUAUUUUCUUGAGCAAGACUAUGCAGUCAUAUUCAUGUACAGGUUGAAGUCUUUGGAGCCUUUCUCGCGUCAUUUUAUGGGAAACAAAUUUUUAGACAUGUUGGAAUUGACGAGUGAGGACUCGACAGAUUCAGUGAAAGUUACACCGGAGCACUCAAACAAAGUGGCAAACAUACUGAAGAAUUACAAAAAAACAAAAGAGCGACUGCUUCAGUUGACUUUCACGACUCUUUCGGAUUAUCUGUGGCUACUGCGAAGCGUUUGCCAGGCCAUAAGCGGCCUCGAGGACAGGGCCAUCGUCUACUUGGCAGCCGCAGUGUCGGACUUUUACAUACCACCGAAUGAAAUGUCGGAGCACAAAAUACCAUCCACCGAGGCUCCGUCGAUUCACUUGAGACUAGUGCCUAAAGUAUUAAAGCCGCUGGUCAAUCUCUGGAUACCAAAAUCCUUCGUGGUUUCGUUCAAGCUCGAAACGGACGAGAGAGUGCUUAUAAGCAAAGCCAGAAAAGCCCUGGAAAAUUACAGUCACAGCCUGGUCAUUGCCAAUAUUCUACAGAGUCGUCGACAACAGGUAGUUUUCGUAACGAAGGAUAGCGAUAACACGCUCAGACUGACGGACGAAGAGUUGAAAAAUGGAGAGGAGAUCGAAAGGUUAAUUGUAGAAAAGCUCGUGGUAAAACACGUAGAAUGGAUGGAAAAGGCCCACUAAUUGUUCAUUGUUGCAUGGGAAUUAUUUUACACGCGUAUCUUUUACAAUUACGCGUCGACGAACAAAAAUAUUGUUGAGUAUUUUCUUAUAAUGUGUAUCAGUGGUUUUGAUGGGAAAAUAAAUUUUAUAUCUUUUAGGAAAA